UCAGUGCCGCCUGCCGGUGCCGGGGACUGGUGGUGAGAAUCAUCCGCAGCAGCUAGCCAGCCAGCCAGCGCGUCAGGACGGGAGCGCGAACCCGGAGACGGUGCACACUGAGGCGAAAGCGAGACACAGGCGGGAUGGAGCAGAUGUCCGAGGAGGCGCUACGGCUGAACUUGCUGAAGCGAGGUCUGGAGUCGCCCAACGAGCGAGAGGAGGCCUUGGCCAAGCGCCUCAAGAUGGAGGGCCACGAGGCCAUGGAGCGCCUCAAGAUGUUGGCGCUGCUCAAACGCAAAGAUCUGGCUGACCUGGCGGCCCUGGAGGUCGCCGGGCCUCUGGGGGACGCAAAGGGCCCCGGCGCCAGCGCGCUCCAUCAUCAGAGCCUCAUGGGCGCCGCCGCCGCUUUUGAGGAGAAGCUAAAUGGCAGUCUGAGACUGGGAGGACACGGCGGCGGACACGGUGGAUCCGGCAAGAAUGGCAAAGAGAACAUCCUGGACGAGCCAGUGGACAUGAGUGCGGGACGCAGAUGCGACGCCGAGCACGACAGACGAACUCCAUCCCCGGACGUCAUCAUUCUGUCCGACAACGAGGCGUCCAGUCCCAGAGCGACGCCUCGCCCCGAGGAGCGCCUGAACCAUGCCAACCUGGACAUGUUUAAGGGUAAGACGGGAGAAGAGAGACAGCAGAUGAUCAAAGCUCUGAGAGAGGAGCUGCGUUUGGAGGAGGCUCGCCUGGUGCUGCUUAAGAAGCUCCGGCAGAGUCAAAUGCAGAAGGAAAACGUGGUGCAGAAGGUCUCGGUGGUCCAGAACGCCGCCUCUUCCGGCCACUCUCCUUCCAUCCACGGCUCCUCUGGACUGGGGAAGCUUCCGGUACGGCCGGGCAUGCACAACCCGGAGCCCCAGAACCUCCGGACCGCACAGGGUCACACGGUCAUCAGGUCGGGAGCCAAUGCCAACCUGCCACCGAUGCUCAUGUCCCAGCGAGUGAUCGCCCCCAAUCCUGCCACGUUGCAAGGACAGCGCCUCUCCAAACCUGGCAUGGGUCGCUCCAGCAUGGGCAACGCUGUUAGCUACCAGCAGGCCAGCCAGCAGGUAGCGGCAUCGCAGCGGUCUGGCUCCAGCGCCAUGUACAUGAACCUCGCCCACAUGCAAGCGGCGGCAGCGGCGGCGGCAGGGGCCAGCGGGGUGGCGGGCAGCCUGGGCGGAGCCUCGGCCGUCAGCCCGUCCAAUCUGUCCGGCUCUGCCAGCGGAGGGCUGAAUUCCAUGGCCGACCAAGCCAGCAGCCAGGCUGCUGCCAAGCUCGCCCUGAGAAAGCAGCUGGAGAAAACGCUGCUGGAGAUCCCACCUCCCAAACCCCCCGCCCCACUCCUCCACUUCUUACCGUCGGCCGCAAACAGCGAGUUCAUCUACAUGGUGGGCCUGGAGGAGGUGGUGCAAAGUGUUCUCGACAGUCAGGGCAAGCUGCGAGGAACGCUUUCCCGCAUGGAGCCUUUCUUCUGCGCCCAGUGCCGAACUGAUUUCACCCCCCACUGGAAGCAGGAGAAGAGCGGGCGAAUCCUUUGCGAGCAGUGCAUGAUGUCCAAUCAGAAAAAGGCUCUCAAGGCAGAGCACACCAACAGGCUGAAGAAUGCCUUUGUCAAGGCCCUGCAGCAGGAGCAGGAGAUUGAACAGAGGCUGCAGCAAGCGGCCCUCUCGCCCAGCUCGGCCCCCAGCGGACCCAACGCCUCCAAGACUGACUCCCUGAUCCGACAUCAUGCUCUGCGCCAGGCCUCUCAGCUGUCAGUGGCCAGCAGCCUGAUGGGGAUGAGCGCUGCAAAGCACUGUGGCAGCGGCGGAAGCGGCGGCAGCAGUAGCAGCAGCAGACUGCAGCAUGAUAGCCGGCGCCAGAUCUAUAACAUCCCAGGGUUAAAUAUCGCCUAUCUGAACCCAGCGGCAGUCGGUGCCCACAAGAGCUCCACCUUAGCAGACCGGCAGAGAGAGUACCUGUUGGACAUGAUCCCACCCAGAUCCAUAUCGCAGUCCAUCACCGGACAGAAAUGAGCCCUUCUGAGGACACCCGAGCCGGGCCGGGCCGGGCCGGGCUGGGCCCUAUUGCCCUAUUGCCCUAUGCCCUAUUGCCCUAUUGCCCUACCCCACAUGGAAGCACUCCACCAUCAGCCAAUACCUGGCCCCGAGGCCCCGCCCCCUCCCCUCCAUCGCAUGCAGUGCCUGUCCAUGUGCCUACCUUCAACUGACCCAUUCAAAAGUCACGCAAAGACAAUAAAACGUCAACACAUCUCAAAUUCCAAUUAGCAUUGUUGCCAUUUAUAAUUCCCAUUCUUAUCGCACUAUUUGAAAUGCAACUCCUUCUCUUUUUUUUUUUCUAUUAUCCUUUUUUUAAGUGUCAUUUUAUGUUUCUCUGCUGUCAUUCCUUCACAUAAGGAAGUGACGCUCAAAUCAUCGUAGGGCCCCUUUUUUUUUGUUUGAAGCUUGGAUUGGAGUGUUGCUAGUAACAGAAGAUCAACAGAGGGUGGUUACUAUGCAACGUCGGAGCUUGGUUCUAACGUGGAGGACACCGAAAUGUUUGGUUCCAAAUGAAGAGGAAGGCUACCAUGGCACACACACCACACUGAGGACAGAGCAUCCCCAUUGUCAUCAUCAAAGUGACACAGCAUCCAUCAUCCAAAGUAUUGAAUCCCCUCCAUCCAACGGAAAAUGACUGUCAGACAGAAGUAUCUCAAGCGAUCAAACCUUUUCCUUUUGCUGGUCGGCGCUUUGCGGGUGGCCCAAAUCUGCUCUUCUGUAAAACACGGACAGACGGACGGACGGGACAGUAGUUGGACUGAGCGAUGCAGCUCCAUCAGAACAACGCACACUCCAGAGGAGCUUUGCAACUCAAUCAGAAAACAUUGAGGAACGAGGCUUAACAAAGCGGAUGCGAUGACUGACCCUCCUGCUUCCACUAAGACCCCGACCGAACCCGAGCCCACCGUCGGUUAUGCACAGACUGGACGCUUUGUAGCCAGCAGCUCAGCUCAGCUCAGCUCAGCUCAGCUCAGCUCAGCUCAGCUGGUUUUUGGCGUCACAUGUUCUUUCAAUGUGAAAAAGGACUCCACUCUUGAAGGUGGAAGCACAUUUUGUGCAUCCAAACCAGAUUCUGUACUUACAAAUGUUGAAUUCUGGUUUUUCAGUUUGUUAUGUUUGGGAUUAUAUUUUGUGAUUCGAAAGCCGCCGCCGCCACCCGAAACCUUCCCCGACCCCCAAUAUUGCCUCUUUCUUUUCUUUUUUUGCGGCGUCUCCUCUUGAAACGUUGGCAGACCUGAGAGGUAUUUGCCUUCGGGAGACGAUAAUAAUCAACAAAGCUAAAGACAAAAAAAUAUCUGUAAGGAUUAUGUAUAGAUACCUAGCGUCAGAGGGAGAAAACAAAGGAUGUGGAUUAUAUCUUUUAUGGGAGAGACAUGGAUCAAUCAUUGUGUGCAUGUUGUGCGCACAAGUUGCCUCACUCCAGAGGAGCACUUUGCAUAUUUCCAAUUGGGGAAAAAAAAAAACUUUUUUUUUUUCUUUUUUUUUUUUUUACC